AUGAAAAUUGCGGCAAGAAGAUGGGCAGAAAUAGAUUUAUCAGCUAAUAAUCUCACUAGAAGCAUACCAGAAUGGUUGGGAAGCUUUGAUAUUAACUAUUUGAACCUUUCCCAUAAUUCGCUUUCUUCUGAGAUUCCAACCACGUUCAAAAGUUUCCGGAAUCUGUACCAUUUGGACCUUCAUUCCAACAGAUCAUCAGGUUCUAUAGCCUCAGUGUUUCAAAUAACCCACCCCUUUGAUGGGAGGCUGGAAAGCCUUGAUCUCUCUGAUAACAGCUUUUCAGGUGGUAUUAAGGACAUUGGUACCGGAAAGCAAGUUAACAUCCAACGGGUGAAUUUAUCACACAAUCAGCUCCAGGGUACAAUGCCGGAAUCAGCUGGGAAUUUGACCAAACUUUCUGCCCUGGAUUUGAGUUACAAUCAGUUCAACUCUGUUCUGCCGGAAACAUUAGCCAAGAUUGAGAAUUUUAGAUAA